AUGUACAUACACACACAGACACAUGUACACACAGACACACAUACACACAGAUACAUGUACACACACAGACACAUGUACACACACAAAUGCACAAGGACACAUGUACAAUUGUACAUGCAUACACAGACACACACAUGUACACGUACACACACCUAUAAAAAGUUGCAGUACUUCGUUGUUCACUCACAGAUCCGGGUACUGCACUCUAGGGGGAGGCAGAGAGCACAGCACACACUCCUUGCUUUGCUUUCACUGCGCUCGGCUAAUGAACAGUCUGACAGCUCUCAAUGCAAAUGACAGAUCUGGCCUGAGAUGCGAGCCUGCUCAGCAAGACGGCCCUGGGGGACACACUCCAUAAUUUCCACUCACCCU